AUGGAAGAAGAGCAAACAAAUAUUAAUAGAACAUUUAGACCAACAGAGCGCAUUUUUCGCCUUCCAUUUGAAUUUAAUGAAGAUGACAGACUUGGGCCAUGGGACAUCCUGAUAAGUGAAGACGCAAUAAAAGAUAUAUCGCGUUUGACGUCACCUCUGGAAAUUGAAGCUGUUAUGAAAAAACUUGGGAAGAUAUCUUCUGGGGCUUGGAAUAAGCAUGGACUGAACUUUAUGGUUAUAUAUCUUCCGAUUCCUGUUUAUAAAGCGGAACUCCGUGAUCACGGCGACAUAAAAAUUCUCUGGCAGAUUGACUACGGGUUUUCUACUCGUAGCUAUUUGCUUACGCAACUUGUAAAAGUUUGGGCUGUCACUGCAAACCAAAAUCGAUUUGACAAGAUAUUAGAAUAUCUCAGAAUGCUUCAUCAAUUUUAUACAGCCGAACAACGUUGCCGGUGUGCUAUUCGACAGAUUAGCAGAAAUGAUAUAAUUUUACCAAAAAUCUUCGAAGAGGAAGAAUUAAAAUCCACCGAGAACGAGAUUUAUAGCUGUCAAAUGGAUGAUGAGCAGCUCUUAGUGAUUCACAACAUGCUUGUCGCCAAUAAAUUUGUUCCCUUAUCAAAGAACUUGUUUAAAUCACUGGUAAUGGAUGGCACCGGUUUUACUUUUCAGGUGUCAAAAGUAGAGUACGAAAGUAUCAAAAAUCCCACUUCAGCUAUCAUAAUUGGUCGUUCAGGUACAGGCAAGACCACAUGCAUCGUGUAUAGACUAAUUGCCUCCUAUCUCAGCAAUUCAAGUAAUCUAUUAUAUAAGACAUCCAACUAUAUGGCCAACAAUAGGAACCAAGACAGUUCCCACAUGAGGCAAAUAUUUAUCACAGUGAGUCACAUUCUAUGCCGUCAGGUAAAGGAAUACUUCUACAGGUUGCGAAAAUCUGCGAUACUUGCUGAGACAAAGAUGACGAUAGAUCAGUUCCAUGAGUACGUUAGAAAAAAAGAGAAGGAAUACGAUACUGAUCAAACUGAUAACAAAAUGCUUGAAGAGGGAGAUGAAGAAAAAGAACUAAGUCAUAUUCCAAACUCGUUUUCUCAGCUGACAGAAGAUCAUUUCCCAUUAUUUAUUACUUACGAAAAGUUCUCCAAAAUGCUUGAGGGAACAUAUGGAAUUGAUGGUCGAAAGCUAACCCAACAAUCAAAAAUAAAUAAAGAUCACUUUGUGGAUUUUAAUGUUUUUAAGAAAAGGUAUUGGAAUCGUUUAAAUGAUGAUAAAUUUGAUUGUGAGUUGGUCUAUUCCGAGUUCUCUAUAAUUAAGGGAUCGAAUCCAGAAGGAAAGUAUUUAUCAAGGGAGGAUUAUCGAACCGUAAGCAUUAAAAAAUAUCCUGCGUUUUGCUACAACCGGGAUAUAAUUAACGACUUAUUUCAGCGAUAUGAAAAGAUGAAAUCGCUUAAUGGUGAUUAUGACUCAAUAGAUCGAACGCUAGCCAUUUUAAGUUGCGCCAUACAAGGACAAUUCGAAAGUCUACAUAUUCAUGAAAUAUACAUUGAUGAAUGUCAGGACAACCAAAUUGUGGACCUUGGCCUUAUCUUAAAGAUUUUUGAUCGCGUUGAUAGCAUUUUUUUAGCUGGAGAUAUAGCGCAAUGUAUAGCCAAGGGCUCUUCUUUCAGAUUUCAAGAUAUACGCGCUUUGAUGUAUAAAUGGGAACUCACUCGAAUUCAGGCUAAUAAUAUCUCUCAAAGUACUAUGAAACCAAACCAAUUCGAGUUGAACGUUAAUUACCGUUCCCAUAAUGGGAUCCUUCGACUUGCUGCUUCAAUAAUUGAUCUCAUUUGGGAUUUUUUUCCUGAGUCAAUUGACUGUCUAUCACGUGAGCGCGGUGAGGUUGGCGGUCCUCGACCUAUAGUUUUUAAAGGAUUUCAGGCUGAAACCUUCCAUUUUAAUGUUUUUCCUAUCAAUAAGAAGACUGGCAAGUAUAUCGAGUUCGGAGCUGAGCAGGUCAUUAUUGUACGUGAUGAAGUAUCUAAAUUACGUCUUCAAAGCCUAAUUGGAAAAGCUGGAUUGAUAAUGACAGUGUAUGAGGCAAAGGGAAUGGAGUUUAAUGACGUUUUGCUGUAUAAUUUCUUUACCGAUUCGCCUGGAGGUCAAAAGUGGCGAUUAAUACUCUCUGCUUUGGACAACCAGUCUGAGAGAGUUCCAAAAUUUUCUCAUGAAAAGCAUUACAUGCUUUCCUCUGAACUCAAGCAUCUCUAUGUCGCCGUUACCAGGGCACGGCGGCACAUCUGGAUAUUUGACGAGAAAAAUGAACGCAUCGAACCAAUUUGCAAAUACUGGGAGCAUCAUGGGCUCGUUAAAGUGAUCCAAAAUGAGGAUGAAAUCAUUUUCCCUGAAUUGGCUAAGCAAAGUAGUCCAGCAGAAUGGAAUCGAGAAGGAAAAAAGUAUUUUGAACUGCGACAGUAUAAUCAGGCUAUUUUUUGCUUUAAGAAGGGUAAAAAUCCUGAAAGCCGCAGGCUAGCUAAGGCCUAUUAUCUUCAGCAAAUAGCAAGGGACUCGAUAAAUUCUGAUCUGGCCACUGUGAUUUCAAAUUUUAAUCGAGCAGGCGAUGCAUUUCGAAAGUGUGCCCGGCUGGCACAGGCGGUUUCGUGUUAUGAGAAUACCGACAUGUAUGAAAAAACUGCUAAAAUUUACAUUGAAUUGAAUAAAUUUGAGUCCGCCGCACAUUGUUAUCUUAAAAUUCCUGACUUUGAAACUGCGGGAAAGUGGUUUGAAAAGGCGAAUAAGUACACCGAAGCUGUUGUUGCUUAUAAAGACGGUCGAUGUUAUGAAAACGUCAUUAAUUUGAUGGAAAGUCACAGAGAAAAAAUUGACGAGAAAAAAUUCAACCGUAUCACACACCUUGUUAAUAUCCAUUAUCGUCGGGUGAAUAACAGGAAGAUGAGCGAAAAAGCUCUCUCCAUUUUUCCAACUCUGGAGAAACAAGUAAAUUUUCUUCGAGAACAUGCCCCUGAAGAGCUUCCGGAGUUCUGCAAGAAAAAUGAUUUAUUGCAUGUCGCUGCUGAAGACUUACGUUUGCGGGGGAGGUUCAAUGAGGCGGUUAAUGUGUUUCCUCGCUUGGUUGACAAUGACGAUUAUAUUAUAGAGUAUUUGCGAUGCUGCUUGGAUUUAUGUAGAGUCAAGGUUCUGAAAAUGACAAUGGCAGAUCUCACGAACUCGAAUUCCUCUGAACUAAAUUAUCACCUUUCCAAGGCAAUCAAUGUUAUUACAAAAGUAAAAUCGCAAACUUGGAAGAAAUCCGAGGAGUGUAAGAGCCUAAAUGAAGAGUUCCAGCUAUAUUUAGCUUAUUUAUAUGCGGAUCUUGAUGUAAUCCGCAAGUUUAUGCAAUUGUUUAGAAAACGGGAGAACUGCAUCAUUGAGUUUCGUGCAGUAAUCAUAUGGCUGCGUAUUUCGAAAUCUACCGAGAACUGGCAAGAACAUCUGCAAUGUCUAUUGAGAAUGUGUGAACUGGCCUUUCCUUUUUUAGCUCAAAUAAAUAAAAACAUUGCAAAAAGCAACAAAGAUUUUCAGGGUAUUUUCGCUGUAAGCGAAGUUGAGAACCGUUCACAUAAACGAAAAAUAGUUUCUGACAAUUGCCUUGCCCAUUUACUGAAUCAAAAUAAUGUGGAAAUCUUGGAUGGUUGGCAUGUGUACGACGAAAAAAUUUUGAAUUUGGCUAUCUCGCAAUUUCUUGCUUCAUAUAUUUAUGAGCAUAUCUGGGAGGCUGGUCAAAGGGGUAGAGAAAUUCAAGAGAUAAGUUCUGAAAUUUGCUUCAAGUUUGCAUCCUGCUCAAGGCACAAUUGUCGAAAGCAUCACGUUGUUCCAACACCUUCAAUUUUGCGCAAACGUUUCUCUCUUGCGUGUCUUCAGUACAAUGUGAUGCAAAAAUUGGAUGUAUUAUACUAUCGUCGUCUGCUUAAAGAGGAACAAAGUAAAAAUGUUCGCGGAUCGCAAAGGUGGUGGGCUGAAAGACUUGUUAAAAUUCAUCUCCGCUAUCAAUCUCCUCAAACAAGCUGCCCAGAAAUUACUUAUGCGAUGCUUCCUAAGCACACACGUUGCGGGCUAAUUGAUCUUUCUCACAAGAUUUGGUUACCUGAAGUAUUUAAUAAGCCCGAUGACUUUUCGAUCAUGUUAAAAUGCAUUCUCGUUCUUCACCAAUUACAUGACUCCUUGGGAAUCAAAGAAUUCGAUUGGAAAAUAAGACACCCUGAGGAAUUAUCUAUCGGUUUUGACUACUUUGGAUGUGAUGAAUCUAUUACUCAUGUUGUAAAGCAACUUUCAUUGUUUUUCUCACAUCUCUAUAAUAAUCGUGUGUUAGAUGCGAUCAAGCACAUAAAAAUGUUUAUUCAAUACACUAUCGAGAAGACUGAACUAGUCAAUAUAAUUACACCCGAUGACUUUGGUGAUCUUAUAUUUCUUAUGGAGUUCAAAACAUCUUUAAUUUUUGCAGUUGGUCCUGGGUAUUGCGAUUUUUGUCUUCCUCGAGCUUAUUUGGUUAAUUAUUUUAACGCAUUUACUGCGGGACCGCUUAUUGACAACCAACACGGCUAUAACAGAGUUGAUUACCAGGCUGAAAUCGGGAAUUCCAUUGAUCAAGUUCAACAGCUUAUCAAUCUGCUGAUUUACAUGGAAAAGUUUUAUUUGACUAUCAUCCUUAGAUUAAUACGACUCUUGGUUCUCAUAUGCCUAAAUGAGCCCACUUUUACAACCAAGAUCUUUAAUCUUUUUAAACACUGGUCAAAACAUCUGAGAGACAAAGUCUUUUCUCUAAAACUUAACAAAUACUUGAACGAAAAUUGUAUGGAUCGCCUUGUGAUUAUUCUUCACAAUGAUCUCAAGGAGACCGAUUGUGACUCUUUGAUAAUUGUCCAUUAUCAUUUGGAAGGCUCGUCAAAAUUUUCUGGCUUGGAGAAACAUGGAAUUGUGAAGCUUAAAUAUACAUCUGCUGAGGAAUUUCAUUUAGCUCUUCAACAAGUCAUAUCACCAAUAGUUAGUCAGGACAGUGAAAAGCUUGAAUUUUCGAAAGAAACCCAAGACUCAGCAACAGAAAUCCAAAAUUGGUUUCACCAAAUUCACAAUUCUCUUCAAGCCAAAGAGUCGGUCACCAAAAUUCAAGUCUGGUUCCGUCGUGCUCUCCAACGACAAAAAUCUCGUCAACAUCGGUAUGAUACACUUUUAGAGACAGUUUUCAACAACAUGGCAAUGUUUUGCAAUAAUGAAAUUCAUUGGAAUGUUGCUGUAAAGGAAAAGGGAAAGAAAACAGUGAACAAAUACCAUCUUCUAUUGAGAGGUCCGGUCGUAAAAAACAUUGUGGAUCUGACUAAUAUGCAAGGAAAAAUGAAUGCUAAAAAGAAUAAAUUUCAAAAGAUCAAGAACAGUUUGAAUGACGAAAAAUUGGAAAAAUGUUUCGAGUUACUGGAAGACUUAAAGUACAUCCACAAUGAAAAUAUUGUGAUGGCGCUAGAUUCACUAGAGAACAUGACAAAACAUCAAGAAGCAAACAUUGUGUGGUUGAUAAACGAAUCGCAAAUGGCAGAGGAUUUCUUAAAUGCGGCUGACACUUGGAUUAAUGAAUGGAACGAUGCCAUGAAAAAAUGA